AUGAAUUAACAAAGUGUGUUCAAUUCAAAAUUGCAAUAAGCCCUGGAUUGCCUCAUUGACGAUUCUCUCAAGCCAUUUGAUCCGUAUAGAUUUGUAACCAUCAUGGAAACAAAAUAAGUUUAAUAAGGGAGUGCUGAAUAACCAAAUAAAGUUAACAAGGAGAUUCCUCACGAAUUGAAAAGUUAGAAAACUCGUGAAACACUGUACUUGUUAUAAAGUAAGAUUAAAUAAGAAUUGCAUGUAAAGAAUUGCUAAAUGAUUUUAGGAAAGAUUUUCAAACAUAACUGCGAAAACAAAUAUUCCAACAGUGCUUGAGCAAUUUGAGGAGUAAUACUAUUAAAGGUAGUGUCUAAGAAACUUAGACAUAUACUAGGAUUAGAGAGAAUUCCUAAUUUGUUCAUAGAAUUACGAUGAAGACAAUCUUAUUAACUCACUAAUUAAUGAAGCUAUUUUUGAUUCAAUAUAAUAAAAUUUAUGA